UGUAUCAAUGCAACCCAAAUGAAUUUUUUAACAGAGAAAAGUCCGUCUCUGUCAGCGUAAGAGUCCAGUUGUCGAUAUAUAAUAAUAUAGGGUUGUGUUUGCUCGAUUUUCUUCCCCAAAGGGCACGGAAGGAAGGUGUGUGGGGAAGAAGAAUCUAGAAAAAAAGAAGAUAUUAAUAUCUUAAGGAAGACCCAUAUCUUUCAUUUCAUCCAACACCCACAAAAAUCCACUCAAUCAAUCCAAAUAUACAGUAGCCGAAGAUGCGAUGUCAUUGGGCGAGGACGAAGAUACCAUAUGUUGACAAUUUUCUCUUUCUUUGGCUUCACUAAAAAGAAAAUAUCUUAUCUGCUAUGAUGUGGGGAUAUCACUUUCUCUUUCAUCUGCCGAUUCGGGCCCUAUCAGAUCGGGAAUUUCUUCCUGCACUUUUCUCAAGCUAAGAUUCUCUCCACCUGUGCCCGCCGGCAGCUUCUCUUCUUUUGGUUCAAUUCUUGAAUAAGUCUUCCCUUCAGCAGGGAAUAUGGGUACUGAAAUACAAACCAAGGCUUAUUUUCUAGGAUCAAAUCCAAGAAACAACGAUCUAAACAACAAUUCCAUGUUCCUUUAUCCCUAUCAAAAGAACUUGAAGAAUGGGCAGCAUUAUGACUCCAUAAAUGGGUAUUUGGAGUAUUAUAGUAAGGAACAUUUGAAGAAAACCAUUUUGAUUCAUGAAUCCAUAUUUAGGCAACAGCUUGAGGAGCUCCAUAGACUAUACAGAAGACAGAGGGACUUGAUGAGUGAAAUCAAGAGACAACUGUCAGAAUCCGGAACUCAGAAUAGUAAGAUGGAAACAUACUUGAAUUUUCGUGAUGGAAGUAACGGAAAAGCUCUGAAUCUUGAAAUCCUGGCUGAUGUAGAAGUGAGAAUGCAAAAUGAAAGAAGCCAGCCAAUUAUGAAUUUGAAUGGCAUUAGAAAAUCUGAACUGUUUUGUGAGUUUCUUGAUUUGAAUCAGCCUUUUCAGCAUGAUGGGUCCUCGGGUUCUUUAGCUUCUCUUGAGAGUUUAGGUGAUUUGAUAUCAACGAAAGGAACUUUUUUAGGAGGAAAGAAUGAGGGGAUCCGCAUACAACAACAGCUAACAGAAAAUGAAAUUGGUAACUUCUCCAUUUCAGGCCAAUCAAACCUAUUCAAGGCAUUGCUGAUACAACCCAGUAAAGCAGAUAAACAUCUGCAAACUUCGUCAAACAUUAUCAAUGGAACAGAACAAGUGCAGAAAAACAGAAUUUUCGGGGUGGACAUUUCCAAGGGAAAUUACGAUUCGCAGUUACUGUUUUCUCAGCCCGAUCUUAUCAAUUCUGAUUCAACCCUCCUUCCACCUUUCAGCAAAGAGAGGGACAACUCUAACCAAAGUCUUAGCGAGCCACAGUCCUCCAAAAGCUUAAACCCGACAUCUCCUCCUAAAUCCAUAUGCCUUAUGGGGAAAGGACUCAUUGAUUUGAACUUGAUCCUGAACGAAGAAGAAGAGGAAGAAGAUGAACCCCCAGCAGUAACUGAAUGUGAAACUGACCCAUGUCAGAAACCAGACUCCAAUGAGAACCAACUCAAGGAGAAAGACGAAGAACUCGUCUUAACAGCUGCAAAUGCAAUAGUUGCUAUUUCAUCAGUUGAAAUGCAAAAUAGUUCUCAUGAUUCUCACCUCCCUUGUGUUUCAUUAAAUUGGUUUGCUGAGAUUGCCUGUUCAUAUAAAGAUGAAGAGGACAUGCCUAAUGGGAUGGAUUAUUUUGAGUUUGUGACACUUAACCUGACCGAGAUCAAAUCAGAUGAAUGCUGCUUCUACAAGGAACCGGUUUUUGAUAAUCAGAAGGAUGAAGAAGCAGGAUUGGUUAGGCAGCGUCCUAGGAGAGGUCAAGGCAGAAGGGGGAGACAGAGAAAGGACUUCCAAAGAGAGGUAUUGCCAGGUCUUAUUUUCCUUUCAAGGCAUGAGGUGAAUGAGGAUAUUCUAGCGUUUGAAGAGCUUCUUAAAGCCAGGGGAUAUGCAUGGCAGUCUAAGAAUGGAAGGAGAAGACGACACUCAGGAGGUUCAUCUAGCCCACCAUCUGAUAAUAACAGGGGUAUUAGAAUGGAAGAGACAACGACUCUACCGAGAUGGGGAAGAAGGACUAAACGAAUUCCAAGGAUGAGAUAUAAACUUCCAAUUUCGAUCAGUUGAGAGGAAAAGGGUUAUGUGUACAUGUCUGUCAAAGACAUGCAUGGGUUCUUUUAUGUGAAUGACAAUAUUCUCUUGUAAAACAGGAAAGAAAGAAAGAAACUUGUACCCUUUUCAUAUUUCAUGGACCUGUCAUAGCCUUCUUUUUCCUUUUUUAUUUUCUUUUGUUGCUACAACGGAGGACAUUAUGUCAAUUAAGGAAAAUAUUACAAGCGUGAAUACAGGUUUUUUGUGAUAUUGUGUUCCC